CUGUUGAAUAUAGUACACAACUAAAUACGGUGCGUGAACUUUUUUUCUAGGGUAAUUUUUGGUGUUUGAUUGCGGAUUGAGCUGGAUUGAGCAGACUUUGAUUUUAGUCUAAAGCGGUUUUAGUGUCAAAGUUAAUAAGGUUGAAGUUGGGAGUAAUGGAUCAUUCAGGGAAUAGUUGAUUCCGUCUUUUUUUUUAGACGAUACAAUACCUCUAGUACCAUUUGCACAGCGUCAACAUGUAUGAGCAACUGGCCAUUAUUGAGGACGAAUCCGAACAGCAAAUUCCAAGUUCACCAUCUUACGAAAUGGCCAAUACAAAUGGAGAUGUGCCGCCAGUAUAUGGCGCGUUUCCUGAGAAUAAUCCAAAAACUAGUACAUCUCAGACAUACUUUGAAGAACAAGUACCAAUUCCAGAUAAAGAAAAUUAUAAUUUUAGUUUCCGCAAGUUGUGGGCAUUCACUGGACCUGGUUUUCUAAUGAGUAUAGCGUACCUGGAUCCAGGUAAUAUCGAAUCUGACUUGCAGUCGGGUUUUGUGGCUGAGUUUCAGCUGCUAUGGGUGUUAAUGUUUGCUACGAUUCUUGGGUUACUACUUCAACGUUUAUCAGCACGUUUAGGUGUUGUAACAGGAAUGCAUCUCGCAGAAAUCUGCUACCGUGAAUAUCCUCUGGUACCGCGUAUUAUUCUUUGGCUUAUGGUUGAAAUUGCAAUCAUCGGUUCUGACAUGCAGGAGGUUAUAGGCACGGCGAUUGCCUUCUAUCUGUUAUCGAACGGGAAGAUUCCCUUGUAUGCAGGUGUCUUGAUUACCAUUACUGACACUUUUGUGUUUCUUUUUUUGGAUAAAUAUGGUCUGCGUAAACUUGAGGCAUUUUUUGCAAUGCUUAUAUUUACCAUGGCAGUCACAUUCACUUAUGAGUAUGUAGUAGUUAAACCAGAUCAAGUUGAGUUAUUAAAAGGCCUAUUUAUCCCAGGAUGCAGUGCAUGUAAAGGAAACAAGGCCGCUAUCUUACAAGCAGUAGGAAUAAUCGGUGCAAUCAUUAUGCCUCAUAACCUGUAUCUACACUCUGCCCUUGUUAAAGGUGUUUUCCUUGGAUGUGAAUUUGGUGCUGCUGCCCUCUACAUUUGGGCAAUUGGAAUCUUAGCCUCCGGUCAGAGUUCUACAAUGACUGGAACUUAUGCAGGACAAUUUGCUAUGGAAGGUUUUUUGAAUUUGAAGUGGUCUCGUUGGCGGCGUAUAUUGAUGACUCGAUCUAUUGCAAUUUGCCCAACAUUAGUUAUUGCUGUUUUUAGUGGUAUUGAUAAUCUUACUGGCAUGAAUGAUGUUCUUAAUGUCGUUAUGAGUUUACAGCUUCCAUUUGCUUUGAUUCCUGUGUUAACGUUUACUAGUAUGGGAAGCUUAAUGCAGGACUUCCAAAAUGGCAUAUUAAACAAGAUUGUGUGUGGUACUUUGGCAGUGGCUGUCAUAGCAAUAAACAUGUUCUUUGUUUUUACCUAUUUGCCUGAGUUACCGAAAAACUGGGCCUUAUAUAUUUUCUUGGGAAUAAUUUUAGUUUUAUAUCUUGUUUACAUUGCUUACCUAGCAUCAAUUUGUCUUGUGGCCCUUGGUGUACCGUAUGCUGAUCGAAUACCUUGGGUUAAAAAAUCGACACCAUAUGGACUGGAGUCAAGAUAUGUAGCUGGAAGUGAGGAUGUUGACAUGACGAUAACGAAAUGAGGCCAAUAUCAUUAUGCCUGGUUAAAAAAUAAUUAAUUUGCACUUUAACAUGUCACCAAAGUUUAUGUAAAAAUUAAAUCUACAAAGAAAAUAUAUAUAAGAUCUAUUCCAAUAUAUAAUACAGAGAUGUAAGUGAGCUCAGUGUGUAAGAGUACUGUACAGUAUGUUGGUGUGAUCAUGUUAGGUUGCUUGAUUAACUAAAUCACUGGUUGUAAGUUUCCAUGAAAGGGCUUAUGCUUAUUUGUUGCUCAAACAGUGUUUCGAGGCAUCAUUGUACAGCGUAGCCUGACACGUCAGGUUUGUGUGAGACAAUCACAGAUGCAAUAGGUUGGCUGCUUCGAGUUUGUCUUAAGGCAUAGAGCAUUGUGGGGGCUUAGCUUGUGACACUUUGAGUGUUUUUUCUGAUGAACUUAGAGGCUGGUGGGUCUGAACCUUAGUCUGCCACCGUAUAUCGUAGGUGUCGUGGGUCUGUCCAAAUAAGGAACUCUCAGUUAAUUGAGUGUCAGUCUUAGGUAAUAUGAUGUGGGGCUGAUGCAUAAAGUGUGAAGCAUUGUGAGUCAGGUGCAUUGUUGGCCUGAUGUAUUUGAAUGUGGCGAAGGAUUGUAGAUUUGAAAAAGUAUCAUUAUCUCUGUACUUCUAAUUCAGAAGUAAAGUGAUAGUAAUACUUGUACUGUGUACUUUUGAUGCAGAAUCCUAAUGAUUACAAUUCUGAGACCAUGGCAUCAUGUUUCAUAAUUAAUUCUAUACUAGUUACUAACUAUUGAACACUGAAAACAGUAAUUUACCAGCAUAUAAAGAUAUGCCAUGCAGAAGUAAAGAUUGUGAUACUUGUACUGUGUACUUCUGAUGCAGAAUCCUAAUGAUUAGAAUUCUGAAACCAUGGUAUCAUGUUUAUAAGAAUUUCUGUACCAGUUAUCCACUAUUAAACAGUAAUUUACGGCAUUUAAAGAUAUGCCCUCUGGUUUGAUUUUAUACUUUACUUUGCUUACUUAAAUUACUUACAAUUUGUGACUGGUACCUUUUAUCACUAUUUAAGUAUAUGCUACAGAUACAUUCAUGAUAAGUUAUUUUUUAAUUGUGCUAAUAUUUCCACCUUAAGGCCUUCUAUUUACUGUUAUUUCUAAUGACUAAGAGAUGAUCAAAAAGGGGAAUACUGUCCUGUAAAUGUGAUUUAUUUGUCUAAUUUGAGUUUCUAUUUUAUGUUUUAUUACAUUCUCACCAUAUUCUUUUUUUUUAUCUCUUGUUAUUUUGUAUUUAUGUUAAUUAAUUUAUUUUAAUAUUAAUAGGUUUGUUGAAGGAUCUCUUCUGUGUUGAACUACAGUAUUGCAUUUUUUAUCAGAUUUAUGUGAAGGCAACUUUAAGAAUGUGAAGAUAAUAACUUUUCUAAAACUCUCAAAAUUUUGGAAGAAAACAAUGCAAAAAACAAAACCUGUAUAUGAUUUACACCAAAUUAUCUCUGGUUUUCAAAAAUUUACCAACUUUUAGUGGAACUGUAGCUUAGUCGUCAACAUGCUUGCCUUCCUGUACUUUAGGGAUCAAUUCAAUUGGAAUAUUGCUUAGACUAAAAGCAACUUUACACUCAAAAGAUCAUGAGACAUUUUUAUAUCAGUUUUAUAUUAGAUUUUGAAAAGUUUUUGUGAGUUUAAUAUUUAUUUCUGUUAGUAUUUUAUGGUUUUUAAAAACGAUUUGAGAAAUUUAUUUUCUUUAAAUUAAUUGAGGUGAAAUUAUUACGGUAGUACGUUCUGUAACUAAUAUUCUAGGGCACAUUUAUGUGGAAUGUGGUGGUAAUAUAUUUAUUAUUACCAACUCUAUGAAUUGAAGCACUGACAGGCUAUUGUAUUUAAUUAUGUUGUUCUUCAUGCCACUGUUGAUAGUAUUGUAGUUGAAAUACAUUGUUGCUAUGAUCACUUACAUUCUGUUAAAGGGUGAUUACUUUUAAACCUGGCAAAGUGGAAAGUGUUAAUAAGAAGAAUAAUUGUUAUAAUGGGGUACACCUGUAUAAUUAUGCUAAUUUUAUAUUUGCAUCAAUUUGACUAAAUUAUUUCCAUGAAACAUGUGCAGAGGGCAAUUUUAUUAAUAAUAAUAACUAUUGUUAUUUUUAUGAUUUAUGGUUUCAUCAUAUGCAAUGAUUUAUGAAAUUAUUUAUGUUUAUUACCUAUAGGUGAUUAUGUAUCAGCUGUACUUAAACUUAUAUUUAGACUCAAUUUGCACUCUUCACACUCAAUCUAAAAGUUUGUGCUUACGUGAUAUUGGUUGAUUUUUAGUCUUUUCAUUAGAGGUCGAACUAUAUUGUUCCAGGUGCAAUGCCGAGUACCAGAACCCGAACUACCAGUUGGACUUGUAAACAGCAUUAAGCAAACUUCACUGAAAAGAACCCUGAAAACUCUGCCUGUGUUAUUGUACUGUUCAACAAGGAAUAAAGAUUGAGCCGUUCUUCUAAGCCGUCCUCUUUGAUAUUUUGCCUAAUUCCACAAAAGGAAUUAGGCAAGAUAUCUAAACGUAUGCAAACAUAUGCAUUUGUGAGACAAAAUGAUUUGUUCUGGCCAUAUUCUGAUUGGUCAGUUGUUAACUGUGGCCAUGUCUGGCACUGGAAAGAUAUAUUGACAACAGUUUACUGGUGAUGAGAAACUGCUAUUAUGGUUACAUUUUGUUUCUGAAACUUCAUGUGCCUUAUAUAUUAUGCAGUCUUAUUCAAUAAGUUUACAGAAGGAAUAAUAUUUGAACUAUAUUUUCAUAAUUUGAUCGAAUUUAAAUAGGCUACAAACAUUCAUACUGUGUUUCUUUUAAUUUGGGGUUCAUUUUGUGAGGUUUCAAUAAAUAUAUCAAUUUUAUAUUUUAA